AUGAAUCAGUCUACCAAACCGAUUGAAGAUGAGAAAGCGGACAUUAGUCAUGUCGAGGCCCUCGCUGAAGAACCAUUGUCUGCAACUUUCAAAGACCACCAAGCCCAGGACAUGACCACCAAGGAACAAUGGCGCAAAUUUUGGGCUGCCAUUCAAGCUGAUAAGCGAUUCUGCUUGUGGACUCUCUACACUAUGCUUCUUGUGUUCAGCUGGGGCUACGAUGCUGGUCUAUCUGGCGUCGCCAUUGCAUUUCCUGAUUUUCGAAAGACCUAUGGCAACUACUAUGCGGUGAGCGAUGAAUAUGUUAUUCCUGCUCUAUGGCAGUCACUAUGGAAUGCCGCUUCAACAAUUGGUCAGGUUUUCGGUGGCUAUGCUGCUGGGCAGUUUGCCGACUGCUGGGGACGGAAAGUUCUGCUUUACGCAGCAGUUUUUAUAUCUUUGGGAUCCUCGUUCUCCUUGGUGUUUGCCCCCAACCUACCUGUCCUCUUCAUCUCCAAACUUCUGCUCGGCCUCUCCGUUGGUCUCGCGACCGUGAUUCCACCUCUAUACGUCACAGAGAAUGCACCCACACACCUUCGCAGCAUAGCUUCAUCUCUUACCAACGUCGUCAUCGUCUUCGGCCAGUUCUGCGCUUCAAUCACUGGAUAUGGUGCGUCGGGUAUUGAAGGUGUUUGGUCUUUCAAACUUGCCUUUGUCAUGACCUUCGUGAUGCCGGGAAUUUACCUCUGCGGUCUCCCUUUCCUUCCCGAGAGUCCGGUAUACUACAUGAAAAAGGGCCGCGAAGAUGAUGCUAGAAAUGCUAUUGUCCAACUCUAUGGCGCUGGUGCUGAUAUUGAGGGCUAUAUUGGAACUAUCAAAACGGAACUCAAACAGACUGAAGACCAGGAAACUGCUGCCAAUCAGACAACUUGGAAGAGCAUAUUUACUAAAGAGCAUCGCUCCCGGACUCUUGUUGCUGUACUAGGUCUCCAAUCCCAAAAUUUCUCGGGUGGCUACUUUGCCAAUACCUACCAGACUUACUACUUCCAGUUAAUUGGUCAAGCUGACUCGUUCCAACUGACCGCGAUAUCUUCGUCGCUGCAACUCUUAUCCAACUUUGUUGCUGUUUGUCUUUCCGACAUCAUUCCACGCAGAAUGGGUCUCAUCGGUGGAGGCACUAUACUCAUGUUCUGGUCGGUCAUCAUCGCCGGUCUGUCCAUGGCAUCAACUAGCAACAACUCCGCCAACAUUGCUCUGCUUGCUUUCAUGAUCACUUGGUCGAUGAUGUACACAGCAAGCGUAGGCUGUUACGGAUGGGCCGUGGCUCAAGAAACUGCAGCUCAAGUUACAAGACCCAAAACUAUUUCGUUUGUCUUGAUCUGCCAGCAGUUGACUGCACUUUUGCUAUCAUCUGUCUUUCCGUACUUUAUCAACCCGGAUGAGCUCGACUGGGGUGGCAGAGUCAUGUUUCUAUUUGUCGGGGCUGAGCUAUUUAUCUUGACUGGCCUCUACUUCUUCCAACCGGAGACAAAAAAUAGAUCAAAUGCGGAAAUCGAUGCUUUGUAUGCCAAUGGUGUAUCUCCGCGGAAGUUUAACGACUUUGUUGUUGUAGAGGGCCAGGUUGUUGAGAAGACGAAAAAGACAGGCUUCUUUUGCCGACUUUCUGGUAAGGCUAAGCAUGUGGCAAGAAGUGUAUGUUGA